AUGGGUGGAUUUCUUUCUCAUUCAAAGCCCGAAAAAAACCAAGAAGUGCUGAAUGCCAGUUGUGGACCAAUUCGAGGAAACAUCUAUAAACAUGGAGAGAAAAUAAUUGAUGGUUAUCUUGGAAUCCCCUACGCAAAACCACCAGUUGGAGAUCUUCAGUUCAAAAAGCCAGUAGCUGUGGAAACCUGGAAUGAGCCACUGGACUGCCACAAAUAUGGUCCUGGCUGUCCAACGUCGGGAAUUUUUUCCUCCAUGUGUCAUGACUGGAUGACAUUCGAUGAGGAAAAAUGUUUGAAUCUGAAUGUUUUUGCUCCGCGGUGGAAAUCUAAUGAGUUUGUAAAACUUUAUCGGAGAUUCUAUGCAAUGUCUGGAACUGCUUAUUGCACGUUUCUUGUUCGUUCCAAAGAAGACGAAGCUCAUGCAUGCCGGGUGUUUACAAUCCACUAUGGUUACUCUGGAAAUGAUUCUACAAGUUCACUGAACUGGUAUCAAUCCCAAGAUGUAUCCAUUUUCAAAAAUACAACAGAGAUCCAACGAGACUUUUCUAGUCAUAUCUUCUUUGUCCCUAAUUUCGACGGCGAUUUCUUCCCCAAACCAUUUGAUGAGUUGAGAAAAGAAGCUCCAAAACUAGAUGCGAUGGUUACGAUCGGAGAGUAUGAAGGGCUUGGAAUGAUGUUCAGCAUCCCUGCUUGUUCCGAUCCAAAUCAUUCUUUGUUAAACUUGAAAGCUUGUAUAGCAGAUUCUUACAUCCCUGAAGUUACAAGAAACCAUGAGGAGGUUCAGAAGAAACUUUUUGACUUUUAUACGAAGGAUAUCGACGUUACCGAUAAAGCAGUUGUUGCCCGAAAGCUUGUGGAGUUCCUCAGUGACUACUUGUUCAACAAAGCCGUUGUCCCUCCACAGUAUGCAACGUUCCCAUUCCAAGCAACAACUCAUGGUUCUGAUGCUCCGUAUGUCUUUGGUGAUGCAAUCGUGAGCCCGUUCAAUCCAACUGAAGAGCAAUUAAAAGUGAUGGAUAUGAUGGGGCAAAAUCCAAAUGGCAAAAAUUGCAUUGGGACAUGGGAGAAGUACAAUCUCAAUCAACCAAAUGGAUAUUUCAAAAUUGAUUAUCCAAAAUGUGAAAUGAGAGAUAACUUUCAAAAUGGACGUUUGGAAAUUUACAAGGAAAUCGAGAAGGAUGACGUUAGAUAUCGAAUGUUCCUGUUGAAUUAA